CGAAUUUGAAGCCACAUUUUCAGUUUGGCCACACGGCGGCUCACGAUGGCGACGCCGAAGAAGGUCCUCCUCGACGACUACCGCAAUGUGCUUAUCCGACAAGAAGAAACGAUCAUCUUUGCCCUCAUUGAGCGCGCGCAAUUCCCGCGCAACACGGCAAUCUACCGCAAGCGGGCUGAUGCGGCCGAGUCCCUCCUGAGCUUCAAAGGCAAGUAUCACAGCUUCGAAGGGAGCUUCCUUGAGUUCAUGCUGAGUGAAACCGAGCGACUACAUGCGCUCAACCGGCGGUACACGUCGCCGGACGAGCACGCAUUUUUCCCGUCCUUCCUGCCUGACCCGAUCCUGCCACCUCUCGACUACCAAACUGUCCUCAUGCCCAACACCAUCAACAUCAACGAUCAAAUCAUGAGUGUAUACCUCGAGAAGCUCCUGCCUCAUAUUACACAGGACAUCGAUGAUCACACGACGUACGGCUCCUCGGCCAACGCCGAUGUUGCGGUGCUCCAAGCAUUGAGCAAGCGCAUCCAUUUUGGCAAGUUCAUCGCGGAAGCCAAAUUUCAAGCUGAGACGGAGCGAUACACCAAGCUCAUUCUCAACAACGACGCCGAAGGCAUCAUGGACGCACUGACCAACUUGGCGGUCGAAGACAAAGUCGUGAUGCGCGUGCGGUUCAAGGCGUCGACGUACGGCCAAGACAUUGACGGCUCCACGACGCACGACGCGACUUCCUUCGAACACUGCAAAGUCGAUCCGCAAGUGAUUGCCGAUCUCUACCGUAACUUUGUCAUGCCACUGACCAAACAAGUCCAAGUGACGUACUUGCUCCAGCGCCUCCAUCAUCCGUCCGUGGCGUUCGUCGGUCCUGUUGGCAGCUUUGCCCACUCGGCGGCAGUCGCGCACUUUGGCGCGUCGGUCGCGAAGCGCAACUUUUAUCCCGUCGCGUCGCUCAACGAUGUGUUUGCCAGUGUGGUUGCACACAAAACAGCGUGUGGCCUUGUCGCGUUUGAAGAUGCACAGACAGGGAUCAGUAAGGACGCGCAACUACUCUUGAUCGCGAGCGGCCUUGUCGUGACUGCAGAGACCGUGUUUGAACGGCCUUUUGUCCUCGCCACGUCGUAUGCCGCGGUCGCGCCGGCCGACGUGACCGUUGUGUACAUGCCGUCGUCGGCGGAAGCAGGGUUCGGUUUAAUCGUGGAUCGCAUGUGGAGCAGCGCCAAGGUUGUCCAGGUUGCCAGCGUCGACGAAGCUGCGAGAAGCGCGCAACGAUUGCGCGGAGCGAUCGCGAUCACGACCGCCGACGCCGCCAAUGCCGCAGACCUCCACGUUCUUGACCCGCCAUUGAAUCUGUCGACGAUUUCCAAGCACCCGCCGGCGCUGUCGGUCCGCUUUCUCGUCGUCGGACGGGCGGCCCAGCCGCCGACGGGCCGAGACAAGACGUGUCUCUGCGUCAACGUCAAGCACGAGGUCGGUUCGUUGCUGUCGGCUCUCCAAGUGUUCAAGACCCAUGGCGUCAACAUGACGUGUCUGGAAUCGCUGCAGCGCGGUGUGACCGCCGGCGAGUACGGGUUUUACAUGGAACUGGACGGUCAUCGCGACGACCUCCACGUCGCCGACGCGUUGGCGGCGCUGCGGUCGACGACCCAAGACGUCCGCUUCCUCGGGUCGUUUCCCGUCCACCAACAGCAACGUGGCGCCGCCGUUGCCCUGCUCCAUUAGUGUUUAUGUGAUCCUCUCAACAAAACGUCCACAUGGCGGUGUUGCCACGAUGCACAUUUCCUACCACCCUCUCCACGGAGCAACCCUUCACAAGAGUGACAGCAGCAAAGACUGCACACCACACUGGUUGUUACGCCAGGCAUUCCACCUGCAACGACAUGGGCGGGGACAAAGGUGCAGAGAAUUCACACACGGCUUGCUGGUGUUUGAAAGCGAAAUUCAAUCGGUUCCGU